AUGUCGGCCGAAUCAUUUGCCUCGAAGUUGAAGAAUAUCAAUGAAACCCAAGACUCAAUUAACUACCUCUCCGGGUACAUGCUUCAAAAUGAACCAUCAUCACAGUUAUUCAUUGAUGUGUGGAGAUCGCAGGUGCUAAACGCGUCACCAGCAACAAAACUAUUACUACUAUAUUUAUGCAACGAUGUUAUCCAGAAGGCCAAGCGCCAUCACAAGACAAAGUACAUAUCAGACUUUUUCAGACCGCUUUUGGAAGUCAUAAAUCCCAUCUACCACAGCGUUGAUUCAGCUAUAAAGAAAAAGAUCGAGAGACUCAUUUCGGUGUGGGAGGAGAGGUUAGUGUUUGAUGCUGACGGAAUAAGGAAACUAAAAGACCGCGUAGCGCAACCUCCAUCUGUGCAAAAGUCGACUACGGCUACCCCAAUACAACCCGCAGUUGUCUCAGAACUUCAACUUGUGAAUGACCUAUACAAACGCAUCAACGAUUUGACUGAUGUAAGUCAGGGGAACCUUACUCAAUUGGGGAUACAGUCCAAGACCUAUUUGAAUUUGGACGCAGAUACCUUGCCGGAAACACAGGUGCACCUUAACAAGCUCAAAGUUUUGGAGAAGCUAAGCAACGUGGCGAUAAAAAACAUAGAAAGUAUAAAAUCUACUAGAGAGCAAAUCAAAUUCAAUUUAGAAACGAUGCUUCACUCCUUAGAAAGUGGGUUGCAAACGGACGAUAGCAAAAUUGCAGUCAUUAACGACAAAUUGAAAAGGAUUGAUGAAACGAGGCGUGCUUUGCAAGGCACUGCCGAAAGUUCAGACGAUGACGAGGAGUUGCCCAAGUAUGUCGACGAGGAUUCUGAUGACGACGAGCCGGAGUUGAAAAAGAGGAGAGCUUCGCCCACCCCCUCUGGUGGGUCAACACCAAAAAAGGUUGCAUUUGCCAAAGAUAUUCAAGUAAACGAGUACGACAAUAAGGCAAAAGAGGAUGAAGAUUCAGAGGGCGAUGAAAAGGAGCAACCAAAGGAAGACACACCUAGUGCUGAGGUCAUGGAUAUAUUACUUAAACUAGCAUAG